CGGACCAGAAACAGUUUUAGUUAUUACGAAGUCGUCCUGAAGAAAGACAAAUCUUUAAUGUCAAAAUAGUCGAGUAUUAGAAUGUCAAAAGCAGGAAAACGUGUUAAAAGUGGCACUGCACCGAGUGGCGGAUCUAAAUGGGAUAAUGCAUUACAAACAACCCCCCUAGAAGAGGACCGUUGGAAAGCUAAUAUUACAUUUGUUGUUGGAAAUGCCCCUGAAGAUUAUUCACACAUUAAAUUACUUGGAAGUGCUGUUGCUGGUGGAACUAGAAAAUUAUUUAGUUUAAUUUCAAAAAAUGAUCUUUAUCAAGAGGUAAACGAGCUGGGUAAUCCUAAAGCAAAGAAGACCAAAGAAGUUCCAGCUAAUUUUGAAGUCUGUGAAGCCUGCAAAUUACAUUUGGAUAUUGGUGAUGAAAUUCCAUUGCCAUUGUUAGCUAAACUUAUUAAAUAUAGACUUCUGACUAUAAAAACUAAGGAUCAAAAGAGACGAGAAAUAGAAAAAAAGGCUGCUUUGAAACCAUCAGAGGCAGCCAAUGAUCAAGCAAAGGGAAAAAAGGAUAAGGGGAAAGAAAGAGGAAAAUCUCCAGGUAAAAAAGGAGGAGGAAAAAAAACUCCAGAACCUCCAGCUGCUAAAGAAGGUAGUAAAUUAAGAAAACGAGGUGAAGAAGAUCAGGAAAGUAAAUUUAUAGAUGAUGAACCAGAUGAUGGAGCACAGCAUUAUAUUAUUAUUUAUGGAUUUCAUCAACCUCAUCUCUUUACUCAGCUAGCUGAGAUUGGAGUUAAUGCUGACUCUAUUUUACGAGUAUCAACUCAAGACUACAGCAUCUUUGAUGUACCUGCUGCAGAUAAAAAUGCUGAAAAAGAUGAAAAGACGAUACAAGCUGAGCUUGCAGCUAAAGAGGAAAAAAAUGAUUUGAAGAAAGAACUAAAAAAGUUCUGGAAAGACAUACUGCUAGUACUCCAGAAAAAUGGGGAUGCAUCUAAAUUACAUGAUGUAGCUAUAGAGGAAUAUGAGAUUAAGACGUUGUUAAUGCCAGCUAACUUAGAAGAUCCAGAACAAAAGUUGACUUUCAGUACUACCAUAUUUGAAGAUGUGGCCUGUAAAAUCUAUGAUUUGAUUGAUGCUAAAAGACUCUAUCACAAUUAUCUAGAAAAUCUGAAAUUAGUUCCAAUUCCUGUUAUUGGACAACCUGUGGCACCUGCAAUAGAUGGUCAAUCUACAGCAUCAGCCACAACACCUGCCCCUCAAACAGCACCGCCUAUUAGUGCUACUACACUGCCACCUGAUGGUCAGAUAGAUAUACCUGUAGUUGAUAUGAGAUAUUAUAAUGAUUUGAUGAGUUGUAUACCACAAGAAAGUGUCAGUGUACCCCUUAUAUUACACAGUAUGUUGGAACAGGUUGUUGCUGUUGAAGAGAAUAAAAAUCCCCCUAGUGAACUGCGUCCUUCUCCACGCUCCGAUGGCUUAAAUAAUGAACUUGCUUCAUAUCUUAGUUCCAUGGCCUUUAAAUUAGCACUUUCUGAAGAUGAACAUAAGAUGUUAGAAGAAACUAUGGAUCUACCCAAGAUGCCAUCUCAUGCACCUAAACAACCAUUAUUGAUGAACUAUCAUGAUAAGAAUACAGUAAGAACACAUAAACUUCAAACUGAAUAUGGUUUUGAUCCACAAGCUACAGAAGAAGCUAUGUUACAGUUUUCACCAUUCAGUAAUGUAGUAAAGCUGGAACGUCCUACUACAGCUAUAGCUAAAGAAAGAGCUGCACGGCUACAGGAGUUAAUUCAUUUCUGUGCUACUGGCAUCAUGUCACAUUCUGAAAUAGAUAGAGCAUUUAAACAGUUUUUAUUUGAAUGUAUGGAUUUAACAUCUACUGAUGCUAAUGGAUUUAUAAUGACACGAGAAGGUGAAGGAUUAGAGCAUACAGCUAUACCCUGGGAUGAUCCUUAUCCUUUCUUUAAAGGAAUGAUACCUCACCAUGAAAAACAUUUAGAUAUACCUGUAUUAUCAUCUGAUGGAGAAUCUGUAGUAGAUAAGACACCAGGGCCAGAAGCACGAUCAUCAAGGGUGGGGUUUACAGAUUCCGGUACAGCUGAUAAGAAUGACACCACUACAUCAAAUAGAUCUCGUCCAACAUCUUCUGAGAGUAAAAAAGGCAUAUUGAAACCCAGAUCACGUUCACAAUCUCCAGUCAGAGAGCUGAGAUCUAGAAGUAACUCAGUACAUUUUAUAAAAGAUGAGGGUCAACCAUUACCUUUAUCCAGAGAAGAAGAGGGAGAAUUUGAAGACGUUGAAGAAGAAGUAGAAGAGAAAACAAUUGAAGAUAGUAUGAUGGAAGUGGUAGAUGCCCAGAAAAGAACUCUUGAUGAAUGGUGUUACGCUGAACAUUUUGAUGCUAAAGUUCUGUUACAGAUUUUGAAUGAAGCUUCAUAUAUUUUACCGUUUACUAAUACAUACUAUAAUAAACGAGAUCAUUCUAUGAUGCUAAUACUACAUUCGCCAUAUAAUGCGGAAUUGCAAAAUCAUGUUGACUGGCAUACAGAAUUACAUUCUAAUAUGGGCUUUAGGAAUUACAUGGAAUAUGUGAAGGAAUCUAUAGAUGAAUGGUUGAAAGAGAAACAGGCAGAGUAUGAUGCAAAAAUGUUAUCUCAAGAAGUAGAGAAAUUACAAGCUGAUGAUGACGCUGCUGCUAAAGCUGCUGAAAGACAAAAACUAUUAGAGUCUCCUAAAAAGACCAGUAGAGGAGGUCGUUCAAAAAGCCCCAAAAGCCCUCGUUCUAAUAGUCAAGAGAAAUCACCAACAGAAAGUAGUAAUAAGUUUAUAAGAGCUGGUUCACUAAAAGCACAGCAAGAAGAAGCUGACAGGAUUAAAGCUGAAGAAGAUGAAAAACAAAAACAACUUCAACAAAAAAGAUCCAAAAGUCCUCAGAAAAAGGAUGAAAAAGAAGAAAAGGAGAAGAAGAGACCUGGAUCUCGAGGAAGUGCUAAAUCUAAAACUUCGCAAAAAGAUAUAGAACCGCAAACUGAAUCAUUACCAUUAGAAUUACAUGAAGAGGAGAAAUACUGGCCAUUUAAAGGAUAUGAUGUUGGUAAUAAUUUGGUUCAUGUAUCAGGUAUUGUAACAUCAUUAUUUCCUAGUGAUGGUGGACAAAUUAGAAUAGAAAGAACAGAAUUUGUUCAAGGUACAACAAGUAUUAACAGUACUGUUUUAAAAGAUGGUCACGUGUUUGCUGUUCAUAUUUUAAAUCCUAUAGAAGAUGAAUGUGAAAGUGACACAGAAGAAGAUGAAAACGGCAGCAACAAAGUGGAGGGAGAAGAAAAGAAAGAUUUACCAGAAAAAUCUGAAUUUGAAAAAUUAGAAAAAGAAGAAUUGAAAGAUCUUGAAGUCAAAGAGAAGAAGGUUAUAAAGAGUUCUUUUGGUUCAGUAACUGCCACUUUAAAUGAUGGUAUGACUCUAGCUGUAUCACAAUUCGGUCCUACAGGAGAAGCUACUGAAGGUAAAAAGUAUGAACCUGAGCCUUACAUUCCACCAGUUACCAGUCCUUCACCCACAUCUCAACCGGCGUCACCGGGUAAAACAAAGAAAGGUAGUGGUGAUAAAGGGAAAGAAAAGGGAGCACCAACACCUGAACCACCUCAAAUACAGACAGAAGAUCCAGAUAUUGAUGAAGAUAAAAAAGAUGAUGAUAAAGUCAUUAAACAAAGUUUUCAGGAAUUAUACCUUACUUGCCCCGAUGGUCUUAAUGUUAGAUACUUCCUUGAGAGCUCACUAGGUAUUAAACCUAAUUCUGAGAUGGAUAGAAGAUUAGUUGUUAAACAGUCUUAUCCAUUUAAAACUAAGGGUAUUCAGCCUUGUGAAUCAAAAAGAAAGAAAUACAUGUUAACAGAAGCUUCAAGAGUCAUCACAUCAGAUGGUACAAUUGUUAAAAACAUGGUGGAUGGAACGGUUGAGGUUUUAUAUGCUGAUGGUACAGUUAGUAAUCAUACUGGAAAAUGGCAGCCUACUGAUAGCAGAAACAGUUCACCACAGAGAGCUGCUAGUGGACGUAGUGGUAAUGAUACACCUACAAAGAAAAAUAUCAGAUCUAAGGGAAGUAGUAAAAAUCUAUCACCUAAGAAACAAGAAGAAAAUAAAGUCCAAGAAAUAGAAGAAAAGGCCAAAUGGGUGACCACCUAUCCAAAUGGUGAAAGAUAUUCUGUACGAUCAGAUGGAACAGUAGAAGAUCUCAAACCUGUUAUGAUUUGUUUGGCAUCAGAUCCUGAAACUAAACAGUCAAUGGCAACUCGUGAUGAUCGUGUUAUAACUGUUAGUUAUCCAGAUGGUACAACUAUAGUAGAACAUAGUGAUGGUACACGUAUAACUACCUAUUAUUGUGAAAGUCAAGUAGCUGCAGAAGAUGAAGAUGCAGAUGAAACAGGAGAAACACCUACAUCUGAAACAAGAAUCACCAAAUUUGUUAAAGUGGAAUGUCCUGCUUAUGCUACUGUAGAGUUUAAUUGUUUGACCAGUGAAAAUCUGACAAUAUUUGGUAACAAUACUAGUGUCAACGUUUUUCCAGAUGGCUUUUAUAUGUUGCAGCACGCAGAUGGAGGUCGUUUACAGGUUGAUACUGAAGGAACAUUAAUAUACUAUCCUAGACCUGAUCAAAUAAGAGAGGAUAAUUUAACAAGAGAGUUACAGUACGUACUGAGACACAAUGCUGAUGUUGUCUGCGAAACUGUGGAUUCAGAAGGCAAUGUAUUCAAUGUUAAACACACAGGAGAUUUUUCUGUCAUGUUAGCUGAUGGGGAUGAUUGUGUUUCAUCAGAAGCAAGUGUAGAGGAAUCUGUUAAAAUUCAAGAAAAGAUAACUAACUAUUCUCAACAUUCUCCAAGAUUCUUUAUAGUACAUGCAGAUGGCAGUGGUACUGAACUGCUUCGUCCCCAAGAUGUAGCUGAAUAUUUAACCCAGGCAGAAAACAGUCCUGCUACAGCUGUCUGUAAAGAUCCAAUCCCAGAUUAUCCAGGAGUUAUGGGAAUUACUGUGUUAAAGCCAUUUAUUGGAGGCCCAUCAGAAAUCUGGUUGAAAAAAUAUGACUUGGAUUCUAUAAUCCCUAAUGGUAUCAGAUCACGUGAUUUAACCAAUCUACCGCCAAAGGAAUUUAAACAGGCCGGACCAAGGUUUGGUACAAAUGUUGGACAUGGAUUAGCAGUAGGAUCAGCAAUUAAAUCACCAACACGAGUGGCCAUAGUAAAAUGUCCUGAUGUACUGGAAUUAAGACAGUUGGUUCAGUAUAAUCCUGUUUCUGAAAAAUUACGAAUUCAAUUAUAUAAUGGACUGAGAGAAUAUGCUGAAUAUGUAAUGGAAAGAAACAAAGUAUCUCAAAUGAUGCAGGUGAAUGAUCCUCGUGGUGAAGACGAACAGAAUCUUGCAUCAGAUUUAAACUCAACAGUAGCUGUAGAAAACCAGCCGACUUAUGAUCCAAGUACAGUCAAAGAAUUAUAUGAGAAGACAACAGCUCCCCCAGUGCCAAGUCCUCCUCCUACACCCAUGCCCAAACGUACCCAGGCUGAUUGGGAAAGAGAUCAGAGAGAGAUUAUUCAAGAGCUAGAAGGAAGAACUUUAUUGAAAAAUAAAACUAUACCCCCAUAUUUUCAAAGUGAAUUAGGGAAAGCAUUUUUAAUUACACAGGCUAAAACUGAUGAUGACGUGCUACAAGAGUUAUCUGAAGAUCCACGUCGUGAUGGUACAGAAGCUAUACGUGGAGAUACUAGCAGUUUAAGUUACGGACCACAAUCACAAACACCUACUGCUGGUGGCAGACAGACACAUUCCCAGCCUGCGAUUCAUUCAGAGAAUAGUGAUCAGUCAGUUGCAUCAACCUGUAUGUCACCUACUCUAAAUGGUGCCAGUCAGGCCAGUGUCAAAUUAGAAACACCCAUCUCAUCUAAUACAGUAUUUUCCACAGAUAUUACUGCUACUCCAUCAGGUCUUAGACCGUUAAAUCCAACACCAGCACAUGCUACAGGUCAAGGAUCACCAGCACCAGUCCGUCCCAAUAAUCCUACACCAAAUAAAACUGGUAAAUCAGCUCCACAUAGACCUGGUAAUCCUACACCAAAGAAUGCUGGUAGUGUUACUCUGACACCAUCUGAUUCUGAUCAUCAUACUAAUCGUAAAAGUCAGAUGACUAUACAAGAAGAAGAUGCUACCAAUAUGUGGAUGUCUGAUGUAGCAUCUAGGGAGAGUGAUGUAUUUACCAGAAGUUUGAAAUUAAAUGUUACUGGUGAACCAAGAACAGAUUCUGUUUCUUUACCAGAAUCAAUAAUGGGAGCUCGACCUGGUGCAGAAAAAAAUAUUAGAUUUUUAGAAAUCGAAGAACCUGUACGAAGAAAAGUAAAUAAUACAGUUAUAGCUGGAGCCAAUGAAAAAGGAAGAAAUCAGUUAGAAAAGAUGCGUGGAUUAAGUUUAUUACCUGAUAAAGUGAAUUUUGGUGUUUUACGUGAAGGUUAUACAUAUAGUUACAGUGUAUAUUUAAAAAAUACUGGUGUUGAUACAUGUAGAUUUAAAGUUAAACAACCACCUCCUGCUACUGGUUUAAAAGUUAUAUUUAAACCAGGUCCAGUAGCUGCCGGUAUGAGAACAGAGUUACAUUUAGAAUUGUAUGCUAUAGCUGUCGGUGUUGAGGGUGAAUCAGGGGUCGGAGGAAUACAACAUGACCUUCAAAUAGUAACCGAAACUGAUUCCUUAUCGCUACCAAUUAGAGCAACAAUUUUAACAGCCCAUGAAUAUGAAAGAAAAAUAUCACAAGGUCCAAUGGGAUAUCAGAGAACAGCUGGUGCACAGUUGAUAUCUACUAAACCUCCCAGCUCGACGGGUAUAAUAAGACCUAGAAAAGACAAUAUGCCAAUAGAAAUGUCAGCAUAGAAAAGAAAAUUCCUUAACCCAGAGGAAGGCAAAUAUUAAAAUACAGAACAUCAUUCAUUCCUAACUAAUGUGUUUUUAUGUAUAAAAUUUUACUGUGAUAGUGUAUCUCCUUUUUUACAUUACAAUAAGUUAUAAAUUGUAAAAUAUUUGUAUAUAUAAAGGGUUUUCAUUCUUCAUAUUUGAUGUGUAUAUUCAGUAGGACAUUUUUGGGUCUUUUAUAUAUUUAUUAUUAUACAUAAUUAUUAUUCUGUGAUAAAAUAAAGAAAUAUAUAGGUGAAA